AUGUCGGGUGGUCGCUUUCAAGUGUCCACUGUAGACCAUUCCUCGUCUCCUGACCCAGGUGGAUCAUUAAGAGAUUCAUCAAAUGAUCCACCUCCUCCAAAUUCUCUCACCGCCAACUCAGUGGCUAUUCAGAUACCCGGCAAGACUGAAGAUGGAGCUGAACGAGUGCCCCUUUGCGAGCAGAGAUCUCCACUGGCUCUAUAUGAUGAAGACUACAACACACAGGGUCAACGUAUCGGUAAUAUGCUUAAAUCAUUGUCAAUGUACAGCGAGCAACCCCCAUGCGCUGGUGGGGAUACUGAGGAGAAGCCGAGGAAUAAACCGAUGGCAAAAAUGGGCACAUUUAUGGGCGUCUAUUUGCCUUGUCUUCAAAAUAUUUUCGGCGUUCUUUUCUUCAUUCGUCUCACGUGGAUCAUUGGAUGUUCGGGAAUCGUGCAAGCGUUUUUCGUUGUCUUCAUUUGCGUUUCUGUGACAUUUCUCACGUCAAUCUCUCUGUCAGCGGUAGCCACAAAUGGGGUCGUUUCAUCAGGAGGACCGUAUUAUAUGAUAUCGAGGAAUUUAGGGCCAGAGUUGGGUGGUGCUGUUGGAAUCCUUUUCUAUUUGGGGACAACGAUCGCCGCCUCGAUGUACAUAACGGGAGCUGUCGAAAUUCUCUUGCUCUACAUUGUGCCACAAGCAAAAAUCUUCGACAAUGUCUUUCACUGCUUUCGCUUCUUCGGCACUGGCCUUUUGAUUUGCGUCGGAUUGGUGGUGCUGGCCGGUGUAAAGGUAGUCAACAAAUUCGCUCUCCCACUUCUCAUUCUCGUCUGUAGUUGUAUAGCGAUGUCGUUUGUGGGAGUUGCGGUGAAAUUCAAGGGAUCUGACUCGUUACUGUAUUGUAUGGUCGGUGAUCGGCCGGUUGAUUUGGGGCUUUUUAAAGAGAAGAACGGCACCGUGCUCGACUGUACUGCUGAAGGUCUUGAGCCACUCUUUUGCACGACAAACGACUCAGCCCCUGGUGUUUCGUGUGAUCAAUACUAUCAACGAAUGCGAAACAAUCUCCGAUGGAAAGGCACCGAUAAACCAGCGAUUCGAAUGGAGAAUGCUUUCAAGGGUAUCGCCUCGGGGAUUUUCAAAGAGAACCUCUGGCCGAGACACCAAGAACCCGGAGCCAUUAUCACUAGGGAUCCAAAAGACAAAACGGAUAAAUCACGAGCGAGUCCCUAUUAUAUUUUCGCUGAUCAGACGACAUCGUUUAUGAUUCUCAUUGGAGUUUUUUUCCCAUCAGCUACAGGAAUCAUGGCCGGCUCAAAUCGAUCGGGAAAUCUCCAAGAUGCGGCUAAAUCGAUCCCAUUGGGAACGUUGGGAGCGCAGAUCACCUCAUCGAUUGUUUAUCUCGCUGGUGUAAUCUUCUUCGGCGCCACCGUCGAUGAGGUCUAUAUGAGGGACAAAUUUGGUGGAUCAGCUGCGGGAAAGUUGACCGUUGCUGAAUUGGCAUAUCCGUAUCCGCCAUUGAUUUUGAUCGGUUCUUUCUUUGCCACAAUGGGCGCUGGAAUGCAAUCGUUGACAGGAGCUCCGAGAUUGUUGCAAGCGAUCGCUACGGAUGAUUUGAUUCCAAUUCUCAAGCCAUUCAAUGUUCUCGAUAAACGCGGUGAACCAUUGCGAGCAAUCUUUUUGACUCUUGCUCUUUGCUGGUGCGGGAUUUUGAUCGCUGUUUUGGAGAGUCUCACCGCUUUGAUUACUCAAUUUUUCCUUAUGUGUUAUUUGGGUGUGAAUGCGUCGUGUGCCCUUCAAUCGUUGAUGAGAGCCCCAGGGUGGAGACCCGGCUUCAAAUACUAUCAUUGGCUCUCUUCACUUAUCGGCGCGAUUCUUUGCGUGGUGGUGAUGUUCGUCUCAGCUUGGCAUUUUGCACUAAUCGCAAUUUUCAUUGGGAUAGCUGCCUACAAAUACAUCGAGUACGCGGGAGCGAAGAAAGAAUGGGGUGACGGAUUGAGAGGACUUGGGCUCUCGGCUGCCAGAUUCGCUUUGUUGAAUCUAGAGGCAAAAGAGGAGCACACGAGGAAUUGGAGACCCCAGAUGCUCGUCAUUCUGGACACUCUCAACACUCCCGAAUCUGAGGGAAUGCUUUCAUUUGUCUCUCAACUCAAAGCGGGUAAGGGUCUUACUUUGGUAGCCCUUUGCAUGGAAGGAGAUUUCAAUAAAAUGGGUCGUUUAGUCGAUCAGAGAAAAGAGGAACUAGCGGUGACAGUGCGAAGUCAUAAGAUCAAAGGAUUCUGUGAGGUGCUCGUAUCGGAGACAAUGCUUAAUGGGAUUUCUUGUCUCAUUCAGACAUCGGGUCUUGGGGGUCUUCGACACAACACAGUAAUGCUUCCAUGGCCAACACAUUGGAACGAAGAGAAUAAGUGGCACGUCGGAAAUCAAUUCGUUUCGGCGAUUCGCGCGAUUUCAACGGCUCGCUGUGCGAUUUUGGUACCAAAAAAUGCGGGUCAUUUCCCAGCUACUGGACAAAAAGUCAGCGGAUUAAUCGAUGUUUGGUGGGUUGUGCACGAUGGAGGUUUACUGAUGCUUCUCCCGUUCCUCUUGCGACAGCAUAAAACGUGGAAGAACUGUAAAUUGAGGCUAUUCGCGGUGGCUCAACUCGAAGAUAACAACGUACAGAUGAAGACGGAUCUCGAGAAAUUCCUCUAUCAUCUUCGAAUCGACGCGCAAGUGAUUGUGAUUGAAAUGCAAGACUCGGAUAUUUCCGAUUACACGUACGAGAGAACGAUUCGAAUGGAAGAGAGAACGAAAUUAUUGAGAGGAAUGAAAUCUUCGGAAAUCAGAAACGAUAUACAAGAACGAGUUGACGAGGUUGUGCGUGAAAGAAAGCUCAGUCGGAUCAAUGAAGAUGAAGUGGCACAGGUGAUGGGACGACAGUCCAGUACAGAUCCACAGGGUGGUAUGCCAAUGGAGAGAAUGGAAACAGUAAAAGAAGAGAAACAAGAAGAAUCUCCGCUUGAAUCACCAUCGAGUCUUGAAGAGAAAAAAGAAGAUGGAGAAGGAAAAGAAAGAAGAGAAUCGAGAGGGGUACGAUUCUCCGAUGAUAGCUCUCCGCCACCGAAACAAAACGGUGGUCGACGAACGGGCGACGAGUUGACGAGACGGAGACAAUACAAUGUUCAUAAAAUGCACACAGCUGUCAAAUUGAACGAAUUGAUGCAAAGGGAAUCGAAACUCGCACAACUUGUCAUUGUCAAUUUGCCAGGCCCGCCCGAUAACGAUAGUGAUACUUAUUAUAUGGAGUUUAUUGAGGCUCUCACAGAAAAACUCGAUCGGGUUCUCCUCGUCCGUGGAACGGGUGCCGAAGUGGUGACAAUCUACUCU